CAAGGAAGUCAAGAUCCGUUGUAGUCUAGGUGGUUAGGAUACUCGGCUCUCACCCGAGAGACCCGGGUUCAAGUCCCGGCAACGGAAGUUUUUUUUUUUAACUUUGGACCGUUUUUGAGUUUUUGUAGUCCUUUGGGCUUUAUCUGCUCUAUUUGUUGACCAUUUUUCAUUUAAAAAUUAAAAAAAAAAAAAAACUGAAAUAUGGCAAAAAUUUUCAAAUCCAUUAGAAGAAAAUAGUAUCUUUCCUGUAAAGUAUAGGACGGACCAAAGUGGAAAACAAGUUACAAGGAUGCCAUAUUUUUUCUAUGAUGAACCAAAACAGUUUUGACUUUCAGACUGAAGUUCCUGGUGUUUACCAAGUCAACAAUUUGCUACUCCUUCAUUGAACUUUCAGUUGUAUUUUCAUCACCCAGUGUCCCAGUCAACAGUGGAAAAUGCAAGUCUACUAUGUAUUAUCCAAGAAUCUCAAGGCUAAGGAAAUUUCAGUGCUAAAGCAAAUAACAGAGAAGGGACAACAGACAAGAAUAUCAGGACAAGGAAAAUGUCAUGUUGGUCAAACUUGUGUUCCCAUUUUCAACAAAACAAGUUACAGGUUAAUAUUGUAUACGUCUAUCAUAUCCUGCUUGUAUCUCAUUCAUGUGUUAAUGCCAUAUCACACUGCAAUAAUUAGUGCUCAAGUAUAUAUAUCUAAAAUAUUAAUCGAGAAGUGUAAAAGAAGUUAGAAAAAGGAUGCAUCUUAUUUCUAUUAUAAACAAAAGAAUUUGACUUCAGACUUUGGGAAAUCUCUUGCCUUUUCUCUCAUAUUCUAUUAUUUUCUAACUUGCUAUCAGGGUUCAAAGUUUUCUAUCUUUUAGGUCUAAUAUAAGAGGUAACACAGAGUUGAAACUUCACAAAACAGACAGUAAGGUAAUUUUGUUAGAUUAAUUGAGCACAUCAAUAUGAACAUUUUUUCAACUUACAAUGGUAUGCUGUUAUUGUUUAUAGUGAUGAUUACCUGUUGCAACAUUGGAUUCAACCAUGGUUGUAUGGAUGAGGAGAGGACAGCUCUUCAAGAAAUUACAGAAUCUAUGGGCUAUGGACGUGAUUCUUACGCGUAUUCAUAUCGGUCCAGAUUCUUUGAUGAUUGUUGCAGGUGGGAAGGUGUUCAUUGUAGCCCCACAAACUCUCAAGUGAUUGAAAUUUAUUUCUACUUCAUCAAUAAAGAUAGUGAAGAACAGUGGUUUCUGGAUAUGAGUUUAUUUUCUAAACUCAAGCAGUUGCAAGCAUUGCAUCUCGUAGGGAAUAAUAUUGGUGGACUGGAUAAUCCUGAAGCAAUAUGUGAACUUGCUAACUUACAACGGUUGGUUCUUUCAACUAACUCAAUUGAAGAAGAAGUACCACCUUGUUGGGGCAAUAUGCCAUCGGUUCGAACUCUAGACUUGUCGAAGAACGAGUUCCGGGGAAACCUUACUUCCAUCCUUGCAAAUAUAUCAAAAAACAUUGAAGUCAUUGACUUUUCUCAUAACCUUUUCGAAGGUUUUGUGCCCUUUUCCAUCCUUGCAAACCUUUCCAACCUCAAACAUCUAGGUCUUUCCUACAAUUACCAUUUAGAAGUUGAAACAGAAGAUCCAAUUUGGCACCCUUCUUUCCAAGUACAACAUUUGCUUUUGGCUGAUUGCAAUCUGAACCAUCAGAGUGGUCAAGGAAUUCCUAGGUUCCUUUCAACACAAUAUAACCUGCAAACCUUAGAUUUAUCCAGUAACUCGCUGGUUGGAAACUUUCCUACUUGGCUGCUUCAGAAUGUUUCUUCUGUAUUAAGCCUGAGAAGCAAUUGCUUUGUUGGUCAAUUCCCUGAACAUUUCCAAUCUACACUUUCUACGUUAGAUAUCUCUGACAAUCGCUUUGAUGGCCAUCUGCCAUUACACUUUGAUCUAAUUCUCCCUCAGCUGUUUGAAUUCAAUGCCUCCUCCAAUCAAUUUUCUGGCAAUAUUCCCCUUUCUGUAGGUGACUCGAAACAUUUAGAAAGGGUAGACUUGUCUAACAAUCGCCUCUCUGGACCUGUCCCUGUUGGUCUAACCCAAAAUUCACCAUUAUGGUACUUGAAUCUCUCAAACAAUAGCUUGGAAGGUGAGCCGCUUGCUGUAAAUUGCAACAUGCCAAAAUUGCAUUGGUUGCUGCUUCACAAUAAUCACUUUGUGGGGGAAUUUCCAGCUUGCUUGUCCAACAGUUUGUCACUGAGACUGAUUGAUGUAAGACAUAAUGAUCUCUUGGGAACCAUCUCAAGUCUAUCAGUUUUGAUGCAAUUAGGAGCAUUUCUUGUGGGUGGGAAUCAAAUUUCAGGACACCUUCCCAAGGAACUAUGCGAAAUGCAAAUGUUACAGUUCUUGGAUUUCUCAAACAAUAGAUUCUCAGGGAACAUUCCUCCUUGCCUCCAUAAAAGUUUAGUAUGGAAAAACAAGACCCAAGCAAACUUAUGGGUCCCUAUUGAUUUCACCACCAAAGGUAUUUCACGUUUGUACCAGGGGAUUCCCCUUACUCUAAUGACAGGGAUUGAUUUGUCAGUUAACACAUUGGUUGGGGCAAUUCCACAAGCAAUUGGUGAACUCUCAGAGCUUCAUUCUUUGAACCUCUCAAAUAAUCAUUUAACGGGCCAUAUUCCAACAUCUUUCAAAGAACUCAAUAAUUUGGAGAGCUUGGAUCUUUCCCAUAACAAUCUGACGGGACAUAUACCUCCUGAAAUCUCCCAGAUGAGUACUCUCUCAAAGUUUUCUGUAGCCUUCAACAACCUCAGAGGAUCGAUCCCAUCUAGUACACAAUUUUCAACAUUCUCUGAAAGCGACUUCGAAGGCAACCCAGAACUUUGCGGUGAACCACUACAAAGGAAAUGCUCGGGAAAUGAAGAUGACGACGAUGGAAGAAAAGAAAACCCCAGUGAGAAAGCAGUGGAGGGGGUGUUUGAUAAGCCCUUGAUUUUCUAUUCAUUUGUGUUUAUAUCAUAUAGUUUGGGAUUCUGGGGUUUCAUUGCACCACUUUACAUCAGUACAAAAUGGCGGAGAAAAUACUUUGCCACCAUUGAUAGAUGGAUUGAACAUCUUUUCUACAUAAGUUUUUCAAAUUAG